AUGCUUCUCAAGUCCCUGCCACUUCUCCUCCUGAGUGCUACAGGCACUCAAGCACUAUGGCUUGCAUAUGCUCAAGAAUCCUAUUGGACUGCUACUCCCGGCGGAGGCCAAUAUGAAUCUCCUUUUUGCCAAGUCGGUAGAGGAGAAAACGCCCAAGAUGCUAUGAGCAAUGCCCAGAAAACAGCUGGCGGCGCAGUCGCUUUCGCGGAUAUUGUAAAGUGCUCCGAAAUGCCUUAUAAACAUACUUCUCAGUUAGGAGGCUUCUGGAAUGACUACGGGACAAUCAACUAUAUUGAUGAUAACUGGCACUGGUAUUGCAACGCUGGCAACAGUAUUACAUCUGGCUCUUGUGAUGCCGGUGGUGGUGCCCCUAGAAAGAGAUCUGUUGAGAGCAACGCGGUAGAGUUCUCGGCUUAA